CGGAAACGGGCGGGUCCAGCGCACGCCUGCGCAGUGUGAGCCGGUGGUCGCUGGGAGCUCGCGACGCGCGCGGGGGGGACGGCAGGUGGAGGAUCUGUGCUCCGGUGUCCAGAGCGAGGGCUGGGUGUGGGCUCGCGUUGCGCGGCGCGCCCCACUACGUGCCCAGGGGUUUACCGGCAGCGGGAACGCUGGGGUGCACGCCGGCUGCAGAGACGUGCCAGCCACCCCCAUGCUGCACCCACGCUGAGAUCUCCGCCCGCCCGCGCCCACAGACACUGCGUUGGCGAUCCCCUCGCGCCCACACGCACACAGCUGGCACGCUCGGCCGGACGGCGUAUUCGACCGGAACCGCGAGAGCGCCCGAUCGCUGGGGGCGAGCUGGGGAGUGGGGCUUUCGCUACGGCGCUCUUGCCUUGGUGAUGCGUCGCAGGACCAAAGGAUGAAAGGGCAGCAAACUGCUUCAGGAGGGGAGGAGGGUUCACUUCACCUGCAGGAAGGGGGAGUGACACAGGAUGAAGACCAGAACUCUCCGAGCAUAGCGAGUGUGCAGCCAGCGGGCACCUUCACGGCUGACCCGGCCCUGCGGUAUAUCUUCCGUACCGACAGCAGUGGAGGGCAGCAGGUAACCUACCGCGUCAUCCAGUUGACCGAUAGCCCUCUGGACGCUCAGAGCGAUGGCACAGCGGCGGUGAGCGUUCUGGCCACCACACCUGGAUUUUCACCCACGUCCCAGGCAGUGACGCAGUCUGUCCUGCAGGGCUCCUUCCUCAAUGGGGAAAGCGCUGAGAUCGAGAGCACAGCGACGGAGACCCGUUUUGCCUACCUCCCCCCAGCUGAGGCCUCAGCGACCGCGGUGGUCACCACGCAGGGCUCUGACACCAUCCUGAGCCAGGCCUCAGCAGCAGCCGGUCAGUUCUAUUUGAUGAUGUCGCCACAGGAUGUAUUACCAGGGAGUGGCACUCAAAGAUCGAUCGCACCGAGGGCUCACCCAUACUCUCCAAAGUUGGACCAUCCCCGAGUUGCCCGCGAUGAUAAGAGGCGAGCCCAACAUAAUGAGGUGGAGAGACGCAGACGGGAUAAAAUCAACAACUGGAUUGUCCAGCUGUCCAAGAUAAUUCCGGAUUGUUCCGUGGACAGUUCGAAGACGGGCCAGAGUAAAGGUGGGAUCCUAUCGAAGGCCUGUGACUAUAUCCAGGAGUUACGGCAGGGGAAUGUGCGGCUGUUGGAGGAGCUGAAGGAACUGGAGCAGCUUCAGAUGGACAACGAGCUGCUGCGCCAACAGGCGGAGGAGCUGAAGAAUGAAAAUGUCCUGCUGCGCUCCUCCCUCCAGCAGCGCAGUGUGGAUGUGACUGGCCAGGGGAGUGUCCAGUGACCCGGGGGAGGU